AUGAGAGAAGAUGACCUAGACGACGAGGUUCCCGAAGAUGAUGAUGACCCACUGUGUCCCACCAUCGCCUACACGGCGUUAGAAAAACAACGUUGGAGAAGAGAGUGGAGGUCUGCCCUAAUUGUCAAGGUCCUUGGCCGUACCUUCCCUUUCCCUGUUAUCGCGCGAAGAUUGGAAACACUCUGGGCAAAGUGCGGCACUAUUCAGGUUUCGAGCCUGUCCUUCAGUUUCUACGUGGUACGGUUUACGAGCCAGAUCGACUAUGAGCAAGCUGCUGCGGGCGGUCCGUGGAUGAUCAAUGACUUCUACAUCACGGUUCGUCCUUGGCGACGUAAUUUUAACACAAAACAUGCGGAGGUGGCGUCGAUUAUGGUUUGGGCUCGGUUUCCGGGUCUUCCCAGGGAGUUUAUUAACAAAGAAGCAGUAGAACGCAUCGCGGAGAAGAUUGGGAAGCCUAUCCGUGUUGACCGCGCGACUCAGUCAGGGGAUCGAGGAAGAUAUGCUCGAGUUAGCAUCAAAAUAGACUUGACAAAGCCGCUCCUGUCCAAGUUCAAGAUUGAAGGGAUAACAUAUUAUGUGGAAUAUGAAGGUUUGCAUCGCAUUUGUACAGAGUGA